UGCGUGCGUGUGCGUGUGUGUGUGUGUGAGGGUUGUUUAGCAGCUGCAGCUGAAGCAGCGACAGAAGGCGACGGCUCCACCGCUCGACUGGCUGCUCCUCUCAGGACAACAUGAUGCGAAGUUUGCUCUCAGUGACACUGCUGAUCCUCCUGGUCCUCACCCUCACCGCCGAGGCCAGUAGAAAGCCUAAAAAUCACAAAGGGGGUAAACAUGAGAAGUCUCGGCCCGCCUCCGACUGCUCCGCUGCUGAGACUCAGUACGGGAAGUGUGUGCCAGAGCAGGGAGACUGUGGAGAUGGUCUGAGAGAGGCCACGUGCAAAGAUCGCACAGAAAAGAUUCACUGCAAGAUCCCCUGCAACUGGAAGAAGGACAUCAGUGACUGCAAGUACAAGUUUGGCCAGUGGAGUUCCUGCGAUGCCUCCACCAACACCAAGACGCGGUCAGGAACGCUGAAGCGGGCGCUGUUCAACGCUGAGUGUCAGACCACCGUCAAGGUGUCCAAACCCUGUUCCCCCAAAGUCAAGAAGACCAGAGGGGAGAAGAAGCUGAUCUGAAGGCUGAGACUCAAAAACAGGAAAUGGCAGGAUUUUUAUUCUCGUCCUUCAACUGAAUGAUUGUCCCACCUUCUUCAAACACAUACACUCACAAAAAAAGACUCCAAAACACAGAAACCAUCCUCCACUUGGCCUCCAUUGAUGUUUAUUCUUGUUGUUCACAUUUGAUGUCCUUGUGUUUAUUUGGAUUAAAGUGUGCAAAGCUUUUCUAGGUAAGAAUAACCUUCCUUCAGUAGCAGAUAGUUUAACAGUUACAACCAUAGUCCUAAAAGCUUUUACAGUAGCUGAGAGUAAAAACAACGUUCUGAGAAGUAAAGAGGGACCUUAAAGCGUCUUCCUCUGAAUCACCCAGAACUUGGUUUACAAAGAACUGAGGAAAAAACUAUAUUUUUGGAACUACAGAUUAUUGAUGAGGCUUGUACAGAAGAGCAAAUUAAAUACUGUACUUGUUUUGGUGAA